AUGGCGUCGACCUCAGCCGUGUCGGCAAUGAAGAAAUAUCCAAAUUGGUUGUUAAUGCCUAACGAACUGAUGGAAAAUAUACUUGGAAGAUUGAGUUGCUUGGAAAAACUCAGGAGCGCAGGGCAAGUAUGCAGAAAGUGGCGGGGAAUUUGCAAGGAUCCGACGAUGUGGAAGUUCAUCAAUAUCAACAAAUUGCAGUAUGGUUGUGAUACGAAACACAAACUCGAGAUGCUGACUAAGCAUGCAAUCAAUCUCAGUUGUGGGGAACUGGUCGAUAUCAAUAUCGGGGGCUUUUGCACUGAUGAUCUCCUUCAUUACAUUGUGCAGCGAUAG